AAACACUUGAAAGAGCCAUUAUUUUUCAGCCAAUCCUCUCAUUCUUUAGAAACAAUGUUCAAAGAUAUCCGCCAAAAUUUCGAAGACAAAGAUAACAAACCAAUACAUGUGAUUUGGCGAGACGGAGCUGAUCCCCAAGAGUAUGAACGUGCACGUGUUUCAAGAGUCUUCAACUUCAAAAUACCAGAUAGGCACCCACAAGCCAUUGUAGAUGUACAUGAAGAGUCUGAUAUUGUGGAAGCUUUGAAGCUAGCCAACCAGAGAAAAAGCCGUGUCUGCGUUCGUGCCGGUGGCCACAGCUGGCCCGUUUGGAGCGUUCGAGACGACGUGAUACUUCUGGACCUAGGCCAUUAUCAUGAGACUACUUUGGAUGAGAGAACAGGGAUUGCCUGCAUAUCUCCUAGCACUACGGGCCUAGAUCUGAAUGUCUAUCUUUCCGCCAGAGGUCGGAUGUUCUGCCCCGGACACUGUCCGAAUGUUGGUGUGGGCGGUGCUCUCUUAUGUGGUGGGAUGGGAUGGAAUUGCAAUAAUACGGGGUUUGCAUGUGAACAAAUUGUUGCCGUUGACGUGGUCACAGCGAAUGGUGAUCUGGUUCGAGCCGAUGCCCGUCAAAACGCCGACCUUUACUGGGCCGCCAGAGGAGCAGGACCAUACUUUCCAGGAAUUGUUACUCGAUUUCACGUGCAGACACGGCCGAUUCCACAGUUCAUGCGUUCGUCUCGAUACAUUUAUCCUAUGAGCAGCUACAGAAAGGCGUUUGGGUGGGUUUUAAAUAUUGCUUCCGAAUUUAAAGGAGGCAUUGAGGCUGUCGCCAUUGGAAGUUAUCCGGUAGAUAUGGAUGAAGCUGCCAUCUCGAUUAAUUUGCUCGCCUUUGGAGAGGAUGAAGCAGACUUGAAAAAGUCCUUAAAACAGAUAGAUGAUACUCACCCUAGAGGGACACUUGCUCGCUACUUUUUUGAGGAAACAGACUUGAACAUGGAGUACGGGCACAAGGCGAGUUCCUACCCAGUGCAUCACCAUUACUGCGUGGAUGAUUCAUUUCUUGAGAGCAACGCCAAUGUCGUCGAGGUACUGGAGAAAGCCUUUAUGACGUUGCCGAACAAAGAGUCGCUAGUGCUCUGGAACACAAUGGUGCCACAAAGUCGAAGAAAGCUUCCGGAUAUGGCGCUCAGCAUCCAGUCCGAUCAUUACUUCGCCAUAUACGGUAUAUGCAAAGAUGAGCGUGAUUACACUCUUUGCGAAACUUGGGUACGCGAGGUUAUGGUGGAAGUCAGUAAGCAUGAAGAGGGCGUGUACCUAGGAGAGUUUGAUCCUCAGGUUCGCUGGUCGAAAAUUUGGUGCAAGGAGCAAGCCCAAAGACUCAAGAAGAUUAUACUGCAAAGAGAUCCUGAUGGCCGGUUUUGCGACGAAGCCACAUUAAAUACGGUCUUUUAAGUAAAACCCAUACUCGGAUUCUAAUCGCUUGGCUGUCCAGCUAUAAUUCCUACCGUGUGACUUUCUCCGGAGUUCAGCUCACCGCAUUGUGGAAAUGAGACAGGGGUCUUAUGCUAUCUAAUCGAGUCUAUAGUUCCCAUCAGAUCAUCUCGACUCUGUUUCU